AUGGGCAACUUUACUGUUCCCAUACUUGACUGGGAUGGCACAAGAGGCCUAUUGUGGGUUGGCUUCAGUAAUAUCCCAAGAUUACGUGUGAGUCAUACAGGCUAUUUUGGAUUCUUUGGCUAUCUCAGAGGAAUCAUUCAGCCACUGAUUUUGGGAGCAGCUUCACAUGAUGGCAUUGAAACUGGAAGACUGGUGUUGACAAUGGCUCAGACCCAAGAAUUGGAAAUUGGAAAGGGAAAUUCAGAGAUCAGGAAUAGGAAAGCCCCAGAAGAAGAGAUUGCCAAAAAACAAGCAGGAGGUUUCAAUAUCAGCAGCCAGGUCCUGAAUCGACCGCUUCAUCUCGGUGGAGCUGGUGGACGAGAGCCUCUUCGACUGGAACGUGAAGCUGCACCAGGUGGACAAGGACUCGGUGCUGUGGCAGGACAUGAAGGAGACCAACACGGAGUUCAUCCUGCUCAACCUCACCUUCCCCGACAACUUCCCCUUCUCGCCGCCCUUCAUGAGGGUGCUCAGCCCCCGCCUGGAAAAGACCGCUUCAUCUCGGUGGAGCUGGUGGACGAGAGCCUCUUCGACUGGAACGUGAAGCUGCACCAGGUGGACAAGGACUCGGUGCUGUGGCAGGACAUGAAGGAGACCAACACGGAGUUCAUCCUGCUCAACCUCACCUUCCCCGACAACUUCCCCUUCUCGCCGCCCUUCAUGAGGGUGCUCAGCCCCCGCCUGGAAAACGGCUACGUGCUGGACGGCGGGGCCAUCUGCAUGGAGCUGCUCACCCCCCGCGGCUGGUCCAGCGCCUACACGGUGGAGGCGGUCAUGAGGCAGUUCGCAGCCAGCCUGGUGAAAGGGCAGGGACGGAUCUGCAGAAAAGCUGGCAAAUCAAAAAAGUCCUUCAGUCGUAAGGAAGCUGAAGCAACAUUUAAGAGUUUAGUGAAGACCCAUGAAAAAUAUGGGUGGGUCACUCCCCCCGUCUCUGAUGGCUGAUGUUUGCAACCUGCACAUCAAUGCUAAACAAAACAACAAAACCAAGUACUAUGCCAUCUCCUCAGUGCUGUACACCACCCAUCCUUUUCUACUUCAGCUUCUGUUAUAUACCAUGAAUGUCAAGGAGACAUUUAAAUAAUGUGAUCUGUUUACAGAGGGAGAGAAGACAAAUGCUGUGUAGGAUUAUGUUUCAAGACUGGUGAAUGGUCAUCUUUAAGUCACUUUAGAGCGGAUGUUACGAUUGUGUCAUUUGCCCCAUGCAGGCCAUAUUGUCUUCAUUCUCUUUCCAUGACAGCAGCACCAGACAUCAGUAUUGGAAAUUCCAUCCAUUACUGCUCAGUUCAUUUAAAUGUAAAUGAAGCAGUUAAUAUUUAAUAGGGAAGCAGUGCAUUGCAAGUACAUGUUUGCUGUGCUGUUUAUCUUUGUUUCCUAGCAGGUCAACAUAACUUGAAGAUGUGUCUUUAUGUGGAGCUGUGGUCUGCUGUGACUAAAUUUAGACCUCAUUUGUGCUCUAUAUAUGACCUUUAAUUCAUAAAAGCAGAAUUAUAACAAUGAAAGAUUCUGGUGUUGAAAAAUUGUUAAGUGAAAUCACCCAAUUGGUCAAAUUGUGCUAUCUAUGCUGGUAUUGUGGUACGCUAGUGUUCAGAGAUCAACCAGUGUGAUUAGAUCAGGUGAUAUUUCAGAUACCAGAUGCACCCACUAUAGGGCUCAAAGUAGUUCAAGGUAGAGUGGUUUUUAUCUUCCCAGUACAAUGCAGUACUCCUACAACAGCAUGUUUGCCUGUCAGCUUUUCAGCGGCAAUACAAAAACCAAAAAGCAUAAAUGAACCUUAAAACUUAUAUGAAUCUUUUAAAGAUAAUGUGCCAGUAACAAAGUAAAGUCAGAUUUUCAAAGAAAGUGGAACAGUUGGUUUGUAAGGUGAUUUGCAUGGCUGGAUUUUUUAUUUUUACUCAACAGACGUUGUAUGUACUUUGAGCCCAGUAUUCGAGAAAACCCACUGAUGUAUAUAAAUGUCCUGUUAUUUAAUCAUUAAGAUUUAAUUUUCCUUGUCUGUCAAUAAUUUAAAAACUUUAUAAGGCUCCAUAAAAUCUGGAGUAAUGUUUAUAAUAAUAUAAUGAAAAAGGUUAAAAAUGUGGACUCCAAAUGGAAAAUCAUAUUGGGUACAUUCUGAAUAAAAUCACCAGUACCGUUACAUUGCCUCAAGAAUUCAAUCAUUUUAGGCUACUUUUGCUUUCAAAUUAAUAAGUGUAGUACUAUGAAACACUAGAAAUCUUAUUGAUACAUUAUGCCUGCUCUGGCAGCAUUUUCAAUUGAAAGUGGGACAUUAUUGAUUGUAAAAUGCAGUCCAGUAAAAAAAAAAUUAUGAUGUGUUUUUACAGAACUCUCCCAUUACAUGCCUAACACAAGAUUAGGCCAUUGCUUUUAAUCAAAAUGGUUGAACAGUCUCUGGUUGUAUUUUAACAGCACUGAAAAAAUCUUAUUCUAACUAUUUGUGGUGCUUUGUGGAGUAUUGGCUUGAUUUACAGCUGCACGGAUUAGGAAAGAAAAAAAUCAAAUGAAUUAACAACAAAUCAGAGUGUUGUAGGGCCAGUACAACACAGUACUCCUAUAAGAGCACGUUUGGAGAAACAAAAAUGCAUUAAUCAAACUUAAAAGUUAUCUGACUCAUUUUAUAAAAGAAUUUCAUUGUGUUCCCUUCACCCACUCCACCCCGGCACCAGUGCUGCCAACCUCCAUUUCCCCUUUGUCGUAAUCUCCCAUAGGCAUCUUUGUGCUUUCUGUGGCUCCACAUGUACUGUGUGGGACAUUCUUCCCCAAUUAUUCCAUAAAGCUAUUACGCUCUUCUCUAAAUCUCUUCCGCAAGACCCACUUCUAUCAACAUCUUAUGGGAAAUUGACAGUUAGCACUGUCUGAGACUCUUAAGUAAAAUGGCAUGUUGGGAUUUUUCAUUAUUUGUUUGUUUGUUUAUAUUUUGGCAAAUUAAGCACCUCAAAGUCAUCCAGUUGUUUACAUAGCUGGCCUAUGAAAACAUAUUUUUUCUUAUGCUUUCCUUCAUCCUCCUUCCUUCAUUCCUAUGUUUGUUACAAACAUUUGGUAUGCCUUGCCUUAAUUAAACACUAAUUAUGGACAGAAUUGCCUUUUACUCUAUUUUGUACACAGACUGAUUUGUAACUUAGGAUGCGACCAUGAUAAAAAAAUGCAUAAAUUAGAAUUUCUCCCUCAGAUCUAUGUAUCAUCCCUGUUCAGUGAUGAGUCACACACAUGCAUCCAAGGGCAGAAUGUAGAGCUUAGCUAUUCACAAAACUUACAGUCAUGUCUUUGAUUGAUUUUUUUAAAAUUGAAUUUUUGUUUGUAUGUUUGUUUCUGUUGAGAUAAAAAAGCUAGUAUAUUUUGUUAGGCAUCAAAUAAUGUUCAACCUCCUGUGUGGUUACUAAGUGCUAGAAACACUGAGCACUAAAAGGAAGAAGAGAGAUUUUCCUGCUAAUGGGUAGUUUCUUAAGAGCACUUACUGCACACAGCAUAUCAAAAUUCUGUUAAAAGCACUGUAUAAUGCUGAGGUAAAUCCACUGGGGGAAUGAUACUAGCUCUGUGAUUUAUUCCCUGUCUUUUUUUUCCUUUCAACUCAUUAUUUUCAACAUGAUAAAUAGUGACCAUUCUUCCUAGGAGUCACAUAUUUCAUGUUUUCUUAUAAGGUUCUGUGAAAUAAAACAGAAUAGAGGGUAGGUGAUUAGCUAGUACCAUUUUCCUCACAUCUUUUUAUGUAUAAAAGAAUACUUUUAAAUGUCUUUGCAAACAGCUGGCAAAACAAGGGGAAUUGCUGCUAAAGAUCCUAACUGCCUUUUAGUUAUGGGGAUAUCUCCACAUCACAGGCUACGUCUACACUGGCAGCUUCUUGCACAAGAACAGUUGUUCUUGCAC